AUGUCGAAUCAAUCCAUCAUCCGCAUAACGCGGGAACUGAGUGAGAUUCAAAAAACUUCCGACCUUUCCAUUGCCGUAGCUUGCCAGGAUGUCGACGUGCGGAACGUUAGAGCCCUCAUCAUUGGGCCACCUGAAACGCCUUACGAAUUUGGCUUCUUUGAGUUCUCUUUAAAAUUUGGGAAAGAGUAUCCGGGCAAGGCACCACUUGUUUUGGCCAUCACAACAAAUGGGGGCCGAUGCCGUUUCAACCCCAACAUUUAUGCGGGGGGAAAGGUUUGCUUAUCCAUCCUAGGCACGUGGAGCGGAGAGCGAGGCGAGGAGUGGUCCUCGGCACAAGGAUUGGAGUCCAUCUUGAUCUCUAUCCAGAGCUUAAUGUCUGCCAAUCCAUACGAGAACGAGCCUGGAUUUGAAGACGCCAAAAGCGAGUACGACAAAAAGAGCAUGAAAGACUACAUUGCCAAAAUUCGUCAUGAAACCCUCCGUGUUUCAGUAAUUCAGCGACUUGAGGAAUAUCUUGGCAUUAUGCCAGAUGGAACAAUUGAUCCACCCGUCCAGUUGUCGCCUGACUCUGAAAUUGAAGUUCUAGAUGAAGCCCAGCUGUCAUUCGAGCCUUUUAGAGACCUCUGCAAGCGACGGUUCAUUAUGUACUACGACUCAUAUCUUCAGACUAUUGCAAAAGCGAAAAUAUCAGUAAGUGAGGGACAACAGUUUGCUAAAAUGCCUUUUGAAGGGACUGGCAAUAGCAUGGAUGGAAAGUUCCUCUACUCGGAACUGGAACGGAGGGUAAAAGUCAUCAGAACGGCGCUCGACGAGGAAACGCAUCGCUGGGCUACUGAAGGAAUCCUUGCAGUCCAAAAGGAACUGGGCGUUGCGCAUCUUCUUCAGCGGCAGUACGAACAGAUUGUCGAAAGCUACAAGCGCAACGAUACCGUCACCAUGGAUAUUGGGCUGAUUGACAACAAUCCCUUUGUUUGGCAGCUGACUUACUUUGGUCGGCCCAUGACAAACCUGGAUGGUGGACUUUUCAGGAUUAAGGCUCAUUUCAGUCCUCGCUUCCCUGAUGAGCAACCAAGGGUGAUUUUCGAGACCCAUCUCUUCCAUCAUCGUAUUUCCAAGGACGGCGUCCUUUGUUAUUUUCCACAUCGCCAGGACGAAGUCAAAUCUCAUAUAGAGGCUAUCAUCGAAGCAAUUGAAGAAGAUUCGCCUCCCUAUGACCCGCGAACUCUGGUCAACCCGGAAGCGUCCAAGCUCUUCUGGGGUUCCGCUGAAGAUAAAAAGAAUUACAAUAGACGUCUGCGAAGAUCAGUUCAGAGGAGUAUGGAGUGA